GACCACAAUAUGCAUCAAACAUUAACCAGAUAAAAUUCACAAAUAUUGUGCCAAUGUGAAGUAUAGCUUUAGAAAUGGAUUUUGAUUAACUUACUUAAUAAAAAUGGAUGCAGAGGACCUUCAAGUAUUACGUUUACACGAAAACCCCCAGUAUUUGAAGCCGUGUUGCGAACUAAUCAACGAUGAGUGGCCACGCAGUAAGACAGCUCGGAUGAUGUCGCUGCAAGCAUCAUGCAACAAUUUACCAACGAGUUUAAUUCUUGUAAAUGAUAAAAAGCACCUUCUAGGACAUUGUAAAUUGACUCCAAUACCCAGUAUACCAGAAAGCUGUUUUAUAGAAACUGUAGUUAUAAGUAAAUCAAUGAGAGGCAAAAAACUUGGUAGUUACCUAAUGAGACAAGUUGAAGAAUAUUGUAAAAAUGUGUUAAAUUUAAAAAUGCUUCAUUUAUCAACAAAAGGGCAGGAAAACUUUUACGCCAAAUUGGGAUACGAAGUUUGCCCUCCAGUUUCAAUAUAUGGAACCCGUAUUUUAAAUAGUGAACCUGUAGAUAUCAGUAUUAAGAUUCAAAACCCAGUGCCAGUAAGUAAUAGUGUCAAAUCAGGACCUCCACCUCCGCCGCCCCCACCGAUGCCAAAACCCGAGAGUUUGGUACAAAGCAGUACUGUCAAGUCCAAAAAGACUUUUAUGUUCAAAUAUUUGUAAAAACAACUAGAUUAGGUAGGUUUACAAAUAAAAAUUAUGUUUUAUUUAA